GAGUAUAGUGUUAAUGAAAGCUGGUUGGUGCUGCCUGUUGCUCCUUGACACCUACUGUGGGUGGGUGCAUAAGCUAUAUCGAAAGAAAAUGAAUAACCCCAGGAUAUGUAUCCAGCUAAAGGUGGGAAGUGAGGGAGCUUGCUGCUGGCAGCCGGAGCUCCCCAGUGGCUGGGAGGAGGCAAUUCCAAAGCAAAUGCUAAGCAGAGCCUCUCUACAGACUCCAAAGAGCCUUUGCACUAGCUGCAGGGGAGCCAAGGGCUGCGGGGCUGUCUGUUGCUCGGGGACGGAAGAACUUUAAUGAGUGAGGCUGCCUGAUCUCUGCACUGAUGGGUGAUUUUAAUCUCGUUUCUCCGGAUAUUGGAGCUGGUGGCUGCAGGUGAAUUACAGUUUUCACUCUUAAUAUGAUACUUGCUGCAUAUGAGAUGCAUGCCCAGGGGACUCUGACUCCUUGUUCUGUCUGAUACAGGAGAGAGAAAGCCAUCUCUGUGUGGGGGUAUGUAAACUAACGGAACCUGGGCAUUUGUAAUUCAGAUCUUCAUCCUUGCUUGGCUCCCCGAAAAAGAUACACUAUGCCAGAGCAGAGCAAUGAUUACCGAGUGGUUGUGUUUGGGGCUGCAGGGGUUGGUAAAAGCUCCUUGGUCCUCCGUUUUGUAAGGGGAACAUUCAGGGAAACGUAUAUUCCUACAAUCGAAGACACAUACCGACAGGUAAUCAGCUGCGAUAAAAACAUCUGCACCCUCCAGAUCACAGACACCACAGGGAGCCAUCAGUUCCCUGCCAUGCAGAGGCUAUCUAUAUCCAAGGGACAUGCCUUCAUCUUGGUGUACUCUGUCACCAGCAGACAGUCCAUGGAAGAACUUCAGCCAAUCUACGAUCAGAUUUGUCAGAUCAAAGGGGAUAUUCAGAAGAUCCCUAUCAUGUUGGUUGGUAACAAGAGCGAUGAGACCCAGAGGGAGCUGGAUGCCAGUGAAGGGGAAGCUUUGGCCAGCAAGUGGAAGUGUUCCUUCAUGGAGACCUCAGCAAAAACUAACUACAAUGUACAGGAACUCUUCCAAGAACUCUUGAAUCUGGAGAAGAGAAGAGCUGUCAGUCUUCAGGUUGAUGGAAAGAGAUCAAAGCAGCAGAAAAAGAAGGAUAAACUGAAAGGCAAGUGUUCUCUUAUGUGAUUUGCCUUGAUUUUUUUUUCUCCCUCUUCCCCUGGACUCACAUCACUGCAUGAUGCCAUCAGAGCAUGGACUUUUAUUUUUAAUGAAUAUUUGCAUAGACAUCUGCUAGAAAUCUAAGAACAAAUGUCUUGAAGGUGUCCCUGCUACAGCUGUUCUCUGAAAACUCAAUCAGAACAUCCCAGCUGUUGGCCCGAGAGGAAAGUUUUGUGCAUGUCUCUUUGUUUUUAAACACUUAACUCAGCAUUAAAUGUUGACCAUUAGGCCUUGA